AUGGGUAAUUGUAUGUCCACCUGUGGUGGCAACCGCCCCAAGUCACGCGUCCCGUCGGAUGUUGAGAUCCGUAAUGUACACAUUCGCAUGGCAACACUCUCCGGUAAUAAAGGAGAAGAAAACUCACAACCUGAGCAAUAUGUCUCCGAGGAGCAGAUGCCCCAAGUGGGUAUUGCCCUAACUAGCAAUGAUGUUAUCAAUAUGCCGGAUCCUACCCGCGAGGGGACAAUCCAUCAAGGACGUAACCAGGAGCUGGCCUCUACUCGCAAGGAGGUAACCUUUCGAGAUUUCAACCAAGAAUCACGUGGUCGCAGCAGGCCUGUGGUGAAAGAGUCGCAAUUCUUUACAGAGUCUCUUGAAAGCAUUCCUAUCGAUGACGUUCCCGCUGGGACCGCCGCACCGGUUGACUCUGGUCUCCCGGUACAGCACCGACUUAUAACCAGCACUUCGGCGUACAACAUCCGCGACCUCGGCGACCUUGGCGACACCAGCGAUGUGAUCGUUCAAGCUCCCCCUGGCCUCCGCCCGUCGGCUACCAUGAGCAACCUCAAUAAGCCGUUGCCCAAGUACCCUGACGACGACCCCGUGGCGGCUUACAUCGAGCGCGAAAACUUGAAGCUCGAGAAGUUCUGGAAGAUCAUCGUGCCCGAGAAGGCGUUCAUGGUCGACUUCAAGCGCGAGCGCAAUUUGAUUCGCGGAAGACCUAUUCAAGAAGUUGAAGAGCCCAAAGACACGGCCGUGAAGGAUGAAGAAGAUGAGAAGUCUGUUGAUAAGGAGGAGUCUGCCGAUGUUGAGAAGCCGGUUGAUGAUAAACGCGGCAGCAUCAAGUCAGUCAAGAAGGCUAAAGAGGAAAGUGUCCGUGGUCUAGUUGAAGAGGUCAAUGAGCAUAACCAAGAGGCGAAGGCACUUGUCCGCAUCCUUCGUCAGAAGAUUUGGCAAUACGAUGAGAGAAUCCUGAAUCUUGAGGCGGAAAGGGCAUUUAUGAGAAAAGGCAUCUCUAUUGCUGGCAAUGGCAGCAGCUCCCGUCAGCUCACCACGUCCUCUAUUGCUGGACAAUCCAACAAUGCUGCAAGACCCCUCACUGAAACAUCCUAUCCAGACAUACCAGUUCUCGAGGGAGGCAAGAUGAACAUCCCGCCAUGUUACUACUUCAACAGCCCUCGCAUGAAGGCUCGAAAGAACCAUUUCCCUCCCCCCGGCGGUCUGGGCCCGUCAUCGUCUACCAACUUUCCCGUUCCGUCUACCGCGGCAGAACGUGCAGCCCCUAGCCAGGAAAAGUCGAAGCAACAGAUAUUCCGUCUACCUGUAAGACCCGAGCCGACACUGUACCGAAUCCCCAAUACGACUCAGCCGCCUAAAACCUCUACUUGUGUCAAGGAACGCGACGAUGAGCUCUAUGCGGCGGCUCUCAAGAAGGUUACCGACGCCUACAACAGAGACAAGCCGGAGAUCCGACACAGAGUGCGCAAUUUCAUCGUGGGCGAGCACAAUACGGCCAAGGCUACCGAGACAAUUCUAGCGAUGGAAGACGAUAUCAUCAACUCGUGCAUCCACGGCGAUGAAUGGUAUGAGACAGUCCGUCGACUGGUGAAUGGAUGCUGUGAGAGACAUGAACAAGUGCAAUUUGGCUUGAUAUCGCACGAACUCGGACUCCAGCUUGAUACCGAAUCUCAAGCCACCAAGCGCCGAAAGGCGGUAGCCCUGAUGGCGAAGUGGACGGCUGAGGCCGAAGAACAACCGAAAGCUGAGGAAAAAGGAAAGGACAAGGAGAAGACUGAUUGAAAAAGCCCAGCUGUGAUAACGGGUUUGCAGAACAGUCCGGACAUGGGUAUCGUGCGCGUUGAGUUACCGGCGUUAAACUACAGGAAGUUGUUUUUGGUCUGUCAAGCACAGACCCUCGGUUAGGAGUUGCGCUGUUUUCGCAUGAAUAGGGGCUCACGAAUGGAAAGCCUGAGUACAUCUGAAAGGGGGCUUGGAGACGGCCAAAACAUACGAAAAGGGGAAAAAAAAGAGGGGGGGCUGGGACAUGUGGUAUGAAUCAUGAAGCAUGA